AUGUUAACAAAUUCAAGAUCUAAUCCUACAAUCAAACCUGUUCUUAAAUUAAAGCAUUUUUUGAAUACUAUUGUUGUACCCUAUUCAUCCAAAGAUCCUAUAUAUAGUUUAAAAAAUUCAAUUGAAAGUUCAAGAUUUGCAUCAUAUCAUAAUAUCGGUAAUUCUGUACGUAAAAAUAUAAUCAAAAACCAACAUUCCUUUUUACCAUGUAUCACUAAACGGAAAUCACUCAUAAUUGAAGCUAAUUAAAUUUCUACAAUUACAUUUGAUCAUGUGUAAUAAGAAUAAAAUAAUAAUAAGUAAAUGAAAAAACAUUUAAGAUAAUUAAAGAAUCUUAGUAUUGCUCAAAAUUCAAAUGAUAAUCUAAAUUCAACAUAUGAAGAAUUAUAAAUACUUUAAUCUAAUAAAAAUAGUCCAACAAAAUAUAAAACAUCUAAUAAAUAGGAAUAGUAAAAAUCAAGAAAAUAAAAAUUAGUUGAUUUUUUGAAAGGUGAAAAUUAAGGCAUAUAAUUUACAUAAUUAUUACAAAAAAAAUAAUCAAAAUAGUAAACUUUAUUUCCUUCCUUUACAAUUAAAAAAUAUCAAGAACUUUAAUUUUGAAAUUUUGUUUGUAUUAUUAUUAUUUUUUCAAUCAUAAUGUUAGACAAUCCAAAAAUUUAAUUAGAAACAGAAAUCAUACUUUAAGUAAUCUAAUACUUAAUCACCAUAUAAGCUAAUGAUCAUUUACUCUCUAAAUAAUUUAUACAUUAGAUAUAUAGAAUUACAAUCAAAAUAUGAACUUUAGAUCUGGAAAAAUACUUACACCAUUGAUUAUAUUAAAGAACUUACUUGCAAAACAGGUAAUCCUAAAAAAUUCAAUGUAUUUAUCUUCAUGUUAUAAAUUGCAUUACAAAAAUCUAAUGAAAAUGUAUUAUUUAUAUUCUAAAUAGGUAUUAUUUGAUAUUUUGAAUUAUCAAUAUCUUGAGAAUCUAAAAUAAUAAAAAUAAUAAGAUUAAAGUCAAGAGGUUCAUCAACAAAUUCCAAAAUUAAUAAAAGAUAUCUGA